AUGUUUGUAGGUAGGAGUACUGGCAGGUUGGGUGGACUUAACAAUUCAGAGAGUGGUGGAGUGGCUGAUGCCAAAAACCUACGCGUAAAGCUGGUUUUGUUAGGUGAUUCUGGUGUUGGUAAAAGCUGUAUUGUUCUUCGCUUUGUUCGUGGUCAGUUUGAUCCGACUUCCAAGGUAACUAUUGGAGCUUCAUUCUUGUCACAAACAAUAGCUUUGCAAGAUUCCACAACAGUUAAGUUUGAGAUAUGGGAUACUGCAGGACAAGAAAGGUAUGCUGCACUAGCACCACUGUAUUACAGAGGUGCUGCAGUGGCAGUUAUUGUGUAUGAUAUAACAAGCCCAGAGACAUUCAACAAAGCUCAGUAUUGGGUUAAGGAGCUACAAAAACAUGGCAGCGCUGAUAUAGUCAUGGCUUUAGUUGGUAACAAGGCUGAUCUUAAUGAGAAGCGAGAAGUACCCACUCAAGAUGGAAUUGACUAUGCGGAGAAGAAUGGUAUGUUCUUUAUUGAAACAUCAGCAAAAACUGCAGAUAAUAUAAAUCAACUGUUUGAGCUUUUUGAGGGAGAGGAACAAUCAGUACGGCAGAAGCUACUUACCCACUGGCUGUCUUCUAAGCUAGGUAGUUGCCGAGGAAAAGUUGUGAAAGAGCAUUUCAUUGCUCCUUUUCAUUGGCGCACGUAA